ACGUCAAGUAGCUUUAUUUACUUUCGUAACAAAAUAUUGUGAGACUUCUCCGAAUCAAGGAGGCAGGACGUUUGAAGCUCUGACUUGAUCACAACAUUACUCGCUACCAAAGAGAAUGAAUCGCAAGCUGACACCCUCCUCUUCAGCUUCCACCCGUAAAGGGUUACAAAUUGAUGAACCAUCAACUUCAUCAGGAGGAGGAAGUGGGACUAACACAAAGGAAAAAGAUGCAUUCCAAGUUGAUACUGGCCUUAUCCCACAGGCCAUGUUGGAAGAGCAAGGGACAUCAGAACUUCAAGAACUUGGGCUCAGUGUUUUCAAUCAAGAUGUUUUUGAGCAAGGGAUUAUGGAACAAGUUGAUGACGCCUUGGCCAAAGAGGAAGAGUUAAGGCUGCGGAAAAUACUUGAGAGGGAGUUGACUACAAUUAACGAUGACAUAAACAUGGCAAAGAAAGAUCUUGAAAGAGUCAACAUAGCAGAAACAAACUUAGAAGAACAAGGGGAUGGCUCAAGAGAGGUACAGAGGCAACUGGAGUCAAUGCGAAGACAGAAGGAGAAUAAGGUGAAGCAGCUGAAAACAUUGAAAGUUCGCAAAGAGAAUGUUCAGAAAAAAUUGGCUGGUAUUGACCAAACUGGAGAGGCUGCCAAUGAAGAUGAUGAAAGUACAUUUGAUCAAGCCUUUCAGUUGAAGAAGAAACCACAAAAAGAAUCUGAACGCGAGCGCAUGAUCCGAACAGGAGAGAUGACUCCUUUUGGAACAAUGGUGAAAACAAAACCUUCUACAGCAGCUGCACCUGGGAAAGCGGUCAGACUGUCUGAGUUUGAAAAACUCAUGGGUGCUCGAGAAUCAACAGCAAUGAAGGCAAAGAAAGACUUCAGCAAGUACCUCAAGAAAAAAUCUGGCCAAGCUCAGAAACCUCAGGCACAAAAAGAAGAUGAUGGCGGUGAUAAAAGUUCUGAGCCCCGGGCGGGUCCCAGCAAUAAAAGUAAAAGGAAUCGUUUUGAUGAGAGAGACUGGAGAGUGUAUGAUAAGGAGACUGAUUAUACUCAGCCCAAGUUUAGAAAGAGAGUUACACGCAAGAUUCAGCACAGCUUCAGUGGAGACAUCCGUUUAAGUGAUGAAGAAGAUUUCGACAGGGAUGAAGAUGCAUUUGAAGAUGAUGAAGAUGUAUAUGAACCGAGCAAGCAGGAACUCAGAGAGGAGUCCUCGGAUGACUUCAAUGAUGAUGAUGCCUCAGAAGAUGAACUGGGCAAAGCUGGUCUUGGAGUGGACGGAAAACGAAAACGUUCACGCAAGAAGGCCCUGAAAAAGCCUCGUCCUUUGCCAAAGUACAGGGAGAACAGUGAUGAUGAUGAGCCAGUGAGAACAAAAGUGAAACGCGACUUGUCGAUCAGAAGAGAGAAGGAUGAUGCAGAUCCAGAGACUUAUAAUGACCGGCUCAUAAAGCAACAAAAACUUGACAAGAAAGAAGAGAAAUUACACGCCAAUGCAAAGAAACAGGGAGAUAAAGAAGAUGAGGAAGAAGAAGAUGAUGGAGAAUUUGAUGGUGGUCUUCGGGUUCCUCCCAAGCUUUGGAGAAAGUUGUUCAAGUAUCAGAAAACAGGUGUGCGCUGGUUGUGGGAGCUACACACUCAACAGGCAGGUGGCAUUGUUGGGGACGAGAUGGGUCUAGGGAAGACCAUACAGACUAUCUCCUUCUUGGCAUCGCUUCGAACUAGCAAAGUCCGCAAUGUGAACUUUCCGUACAAAGGGUUGGGUCCCACCAUCAUCAUCUGUCCUACAACAGUGAUGCAUCAAUGGCUCAAAGAGUUCCACAAGUGGUGGCCAGAGUUUCGUGUUGCCAUACUGCACUCAUCAGGCACAUUUACCGGGUCAGAGUCCGAGCUUGUGCGUUCAAUUGCCAAAAGUCAUGGUGUGCUGGUCACCUCGUACAACACGCUGGUCAUCCAUCAGGAGCUGGUGUUGCGCUUCAACUGGCACUACGUCAUCCUGGACGAAGGCCACAAGAUACGCAACCCGGAUGCAAAAGUCACCAUCUGCUGCAAACAGUUCCGAACUCCCCAUCGCAUCAUCCUCUCGGGAUCACCCAUCCAGAACAACCUGAAGGAGUUAUGGUCCUUGUUUGACUUUGUCUUCCCGGGCAAGCUGGGUACUCUGCCUGACUUCAUGCAGCAUUUCUCUAUCCCGAUUGUACAAGGAGGCUACUCCAAUGCUACUCAGAUACAGGUGGAGACAGCGUACAGGUGUGCAUGCGUCUUGCGAGACACCAUCAAUCCAUACCUGAUUCGCCGCAUGAAGGCUGAUGUCAAGAAAAAUCUGGAACUGCCGAACAAAAAUGAACAGGUUUUGUUUUGCCGAUUGACUGACGAGCAACGUGAUGUCUAUCAGGAAUACCUAGACUCCAGGGAGUGCAAUGCCAUCAUUCAGGGGAAGUUUCAGGUCUUUUCUGGAUUGAUCACUCUGCGUAAGAUCUGCAACCACUCCGAUCUGUCCACUGGAGGGCCCCAGGUUUUUCGCGGAGACACUAUGCCGGGUGAACCUGAGUACCAGUACGGUUACUGGCGACGCAGCGGCAAGAUGAUUGUGGUGGAGGCUCUGCUGAGGCUGUGGUACAAGCAACAACACAGGGUGUUGCUCUUUACACAGAGCAAGUCUAUGCUUGACAUCCUGGAGAAGUUUGUUCAGGAUCAAGGCUACAGCUACUUGACUAUGGAUGGAGGGACGUCCAUCUCUGCCCGGCAACCCCUCAUAUCACAAUACAACAAUGACACGUCCAUCUACAUGUUCCUGUUGACGACCCGUGUGGGUGGACUGGGGGUCAACCUGACCGGUGCUGACCGUGUCAUCAUCUACGACCCAGACUGGAACCCUAGCACAGACAUACAAGCUCGAGAGCGGGCCUGGCGCAUUGGUCAGAAGCGACAGGUGACCAUUUACCGCCUGCUAACGUCUGGCACUAUAGAGGAGAAGAUUUACCACAGACAAAUUUUCAAGCAGUUUUUGACCAACCGAGUCCUGAAAGACCCGAAGCAGAGACGCCUGUUCAAAUCUCAGGAUGUCUAUGAGCUGUUCACACUGGGCAGCAAAGACAACGAAGAGGGAACAGAGACCAGCGCUCUUUUUGCUGGCACUGGCUCUGACGUGAAGGUGCCUAAAAGGCUGAAAGCAACAAACAGGUUUGACGAGAUGCGUGAGAAGAAGAUAAAAGAACAAGAGGAGAAGGAUGAGAGAGAAACAGUUGUGGAGGAACAAUUAGCAGGCACACGAGAAAGUGAGAGAAAUCAUAAUAAGGAUGAGGACGAGGACAAUAUGGGACUUGGUGAGGAAGAACUUGACCGUAUGAAAGAAUUUGCUAGGAAGCUCAGCCAAAAGAUGGAGAUGGAAAAGAAGAGCAAACAAGACAGGGAAAAAGUGUCUCCUCCUGUUGAGGUGAAGAAGGAAAGAGAUGAAGAAGAAACAGAGGAAGUAAGACCUGAUGAGGUAUCAGUGAAACAUGAAAGUGAAGAAGUGCAGGGGACUGAGAUCAAAUUCCAAGCAGUAAAAGAGGAGGACACAUCUGCAGACCAUGCUUACGGGUGCUCAAACAUAAAUGGUGAAGAAGGCCACUCAGCCACCAGUGAUUUAGUUACGGAUGCCAGCUUGACUUCAGACAAAACACAGCCACAGAAAUGGCAUCGGAAUGGCAAACUGUGGAGCAUUCCGCUCCGGAAGAAAAGGAAGAGUUCCUCAGAAGAGAAAGAUGGGGUAGAGGACAGGAAAAAUAAUAGGUCUGAACAUUCAAAAGAGCAGCUUUCCCAAACAAGUGCGGAGAAAGAGUCUCGACACAGAAGAAAGAAUGGCAGACAUGGGAGAGGUUCCAGUGAGGAUGACCAGGGGAACAAAGACAGUAAAAGAGAGAAGAGGAAGAGAAAGCACAGGAAUGCACGUUUUGAAGGUGAGCGUAUCCCCAACCUUGUGAAGCACUGCCCUCUGCCGUCCAAGAAUUCAUCAGAAGACCAUUCAGAAGAGAAAGAAGGACGAAGUGUUGAGGAAGAAAAAGAAGACCAACAUCAUGAUGAUUUUGUUUUACGGGAGCUGUUCAAGAAAACAGGAAUCCAAGGUGCCAUGAAGCACGACAAAAUCAUGGACAGUGGGAGACCAGACUAUGCCAUAGUGGAGGCGGAGGCAGCCAAGGUGGCCCGGGAGGCUGUGGCGGCAUUAAGGCGGUCGCGACAGCAGUGUGCCUCGGCCAUAUCUGGCCUGCCCACGUGGACAGGGCAGCACGGAGCUACUGUUUCCAAGCCUCGCUUUGGGCAGAAAAAGAACAGUUUGCUGGUGAACAAGUCCGACAAAGGGGAUGGUUCGUCAGGGGUUCGGAAAUCACCAACCAGUGAGUCACAAAGUGGAAAGAAACCGAAGGAGAAAGAAGAGAAGGAGAAACUCUUUGACGGGACUGUCUCCGGCAAUAUUUCUCUCGGCGCCAAAAAUGGUUCUCUUACCUCCAGUGACCUUUUGUCUCGUAUGCAAGCUCGUAAACGCAUAUCUGCAACUGCAGUCGAUGACGACGAUGAUUUCUUGCGGCCAGAUCGGCAUGAGACUCUUGACCCUAAAGACUCAGAACUCCUGGAAGACAUUCGUAAUUACGUGGCAUUCAUGGCAGUUAAGGAUGGUGAAGCUUCCACACAGGAGAUCGUUCUCAACUUUGGCCAGCGGUUACCGAAGACAGAUGCACCGAAGUUCAAGGCCAUGUUGAAUCAAGUCUGUGAUUUCCAAAGUGGCUUUUGGAAGCUCAAAGCAGAAUUUAGGUGACCUAGAACUUCAUUACCGAAUUCAAUACAAUUGUGGCAGCUGUGACUUUGUACUUAUAAGUGUAUAUUUGUGCCAUUUCCAGUAGGACGAAGGUUUAUGUGUUUAAACUGUGUUUUGUUUUUGACAAUUAUUUGUGAUUAUCUGACACCCUAGGUUUGGCUUUUAGAAGGCUGUUACCACAAUUAUUGCCUGAAGGACUUAAAAGGAUUUUGCAAGGCAAGAAAACCAAAGUAUUUGUACAGUAAUAUGAAAGUUGACAGAAGAAAACAGUUUGUUGGCAUAGAAUAAUUUCUAUAGUUGUCUUCUGAGCAUUUAUUCACUUCCAAGAGGAUUGGUUGCCGAAUGUGGAAAUCGGUAUUUUUUUCCUACCUGUCAAACGGAGGCACAUGUCACUUGGAACAGACCUGGAAAUUAACCUUUAAAUUAGCUCUUUGAGAAUUUUCUGUCCCUAAGCUUCCUCUCAGGAAUGUCUAUUCUUUCCCUGAUAAAUGAUAAAUGUUUGUGACGUGCAAAAGUUGAUACAGUGGAAUCCUGUUAUAGCGAGAGGGAGGGGACCGGUGCGAAAUGUCCGUUAUAGCAGGAUUCUCGUUACAAGGGAUCCAGUAAUAAAUUCAAGGGAAGUAGUAAACUAGGCCUAAUCUUUGAGUUUGGCGUUCUGUUUAUUCCUUUUUGUAUUUCUCCUGAUGAUGAUUUGUUCAACAUGAUUUCUAGGUCUUA